AUGAUUAGUUCAUGGCACGUGAGGAAUAAGGAUAACAUCCAAAGAGUGAAAAGAGAUGAACAAAAGGCGAGAGACGAAGAGUCAGAGCGCGAGAAACGCGUCCUUUUGGCCGAAAGCGAGUCGAGAGUCGCUCUUCUCAGACAUCGACUCAAAGGCGACGAUCGGACCGAAGAUGUCGUCCACACGGAGGACACCGACGGACACACGUCGGCCGCCGGCGGCACUCAUUUGGAUGUAUUCAAAGACUUUGGCGACAAAAUACGGACCAAAAACAGUGAUUACGAGAAGGAAGUGAAGGACGAGAAGGAAAAGUUUGAGACAAAGACAGGAAUACUU